GCACCUCCAGAUGCUCCUGGCGAAGGCGGUGAUGACGAUGACGACCCGGAUGAGCCCGAUGUUGAGACUGGAGGUGGUUCCGGUUCUCCGCCGCCGCCGCCUCCUCCCAGGCUCCAGCACAUGGAUCCUGACGAGGAGUUUCCGUAUUUUUGUCCGAUGGCGCCUGAUGGCGGCCCUCUCAUUAUCGACAGUCUGGACGACCUUCCUUUCACCUUUACGACUGUGCCCUCGGUGCUCCCGACAUUUGUGCCACCAGGUGCCGUCAACUCAUCGUCUGCUCCACCAACGUCGACAACAUGGAUGACGAGCUCAACCUCACCCUCGACCUCGGUGUCUACUCCGCCAACAUCGUCAAUGUGGACGACAAGCUCAGCCUUAGCAUCCGCGCUGCCGACACCCGACCCAGUCGUGGAAGCGCUUUGCCCCAGUGACUACAAGAUCCAGUUCUACAACGAACCGACGGCGGAGGGCUGUGCCAACGAAGACUGCACUACCUGUGCCGAGGAUUUCCACAUGUACUGCAGCGUGAUUGAGCGAGACGAGCACUGCAACUGUGCCUGCCAGUGGAACUCUGGCUGCAUGUCGGGGGCCCCUGAGCGAGGUAUGUGCUGCAUCAACCAGUGUUCUUUUUUGUGUUUUUUAAUUGCCUGGAGAGGAGGGAAUUGACGCUGACCAGACCUCCAUUAUCCAGGAAUCUGCGAUACCCCGUGCGAGGACUCGGAGCACGAAGACCGAGUCUGCCUC